CAAAGUCUCAAGAGUCAUUUGAGUGGUGAGGUGGGUCAUGAUGCAGCCAGUUGUAGUUCUGCUCCUCAGCGCCUUCAGUCCUGCUUUGGCCUGGAUUCCAGUGCAAGACUGGGAGUCUGGAAAUGUGACGACUUCUGUGGAUUCGUCUGGUCAGUGCGUCUGCCAUGUUUUCCUCCCUGACAUCACCUUCCCCGCAGACCGCGUUGAGCACAUGCAGCAAGUCAGCAAUGAUCUGAUCCUGGAGGUGGAAAUUCAGAAAAAUAAGAUGGUGAAAUACAUGGGCAAACUGGUGAUUUAUCUUGAAGAACUGAAGCAACUGGAGGCAAGAUUGGCCAUCCUGGAAAGCAGUCCUGAUGAUUACAUCAAACUGGAUUUUGAGAUGCUCAGGAUUGAACUCAGAGAGUUUGAGAUGCUGGUGUCUCAGCUCAAAGACUCCCUCAACUCUUCUUCACCCCUGUUCAACAGUCUGUACAUCGAGAUCCACAACAUGACGCUCCUUGUGAACCAGCUGGAGACUUAUGACAAGAGCAACCUGGAGGUGAUCCGACAUCAGUUUGCCAAGCUGCAGAUGAAACUAGAGGAGUGUCAGAAGGAUCAAGAUAUAAUCAAACCAGAUAUCGGAAACUGCAACCACACGGGAAUCUUAAGCUUCAGCAAUCCAUUGGUGGUGCAGUUCAAUGCUCAUCUAAGUACAAGAUACGUGUACGGUGGCUGGGGGAAAGACUCCAAGCCCAUCCGAGGUUAUGAGAACUUGUAUUUCUACGGUGCGACCACCAAUCCUGCAGGUGUCUAUGACUUUUAUUUUUACACCAACUAUGAAAAUCUGCUCUUGAGGAAGAACUUCAAACACAUUGACCUUCCAACUGAUUGGGUGGGUGUUGGCAACAAUUACAUAGUGCGCAGUAAUUCAAUUUAUUACCAGCACAACAGCCCUUUCAGCAUGACCAAAUUUAAUCUGACCUCUUCCAAGUAUGACUACAGAGUGAUUUCUGAUGCAAGCGCAAGUUUCUCUUAUGCUCACUUGGCCAGUCAGAACUUGGACUUUGCAGCUGACGAAACAGGAUUGUGGGUAAUGUAUGCUUCGAAUGAGAACAAGGGGAAAAUUGUCAUUGCUAGAAUUGAUGAAAACGCUUUUGGCAUUGAGAAUACGUGGCAUACUGGUGUAUACAAACAGUCAGCUGGCAAUGCUUUCAUGGUCUGCGGAGUGAUGUAUGCCACCAGGACGGUGGAUAUCAACACUGAGGAGAUCUUCUACACUUACGACACCAAGACCAAGCAAGAGAGAAACCUCAGCAUCCAAUUCAAGAAGUUCCAGGAGUCAUACACCAACCUGGACUACAACCCCUCUGAUCAGAAGCUUUACAUGUACAACAAUGGCUAUUAUGUGUCAUACAAUUUAAAAUUUAACAAAGAAUGAUUCAACAUGGGUUCAGUCCUCGUAUUGUGAUUGAUAUGAGUGAUCUGCAGCCACUUUUAGCCCUUAGAUCUCUAUAAAACCUUUAAAGAUAUUUCUGA